AUGACCUUCCCAUCCACGACGACGACCCCAUGGCUCCCCCUCCCCCUCCCCCUCCACCUCCUCCUUCCCGCCGCCCUAGGCAUCCUCGCCCACCGCGCCUACUUCAUCCGCGGCGAGCACGUCCUCUCCAUCCCUCCCCUCCUGUUGACCACCACCCUCCUCUGCACCACCACCAUCGCUCUUCGCACCCUCAUCUUCCAGCUCCCCCUCCUCCCCACCGCCUUCCUCAUCACAUCCAUCGCCGCCGCCUUCGUCACGGGCUGCCUGGCCAGCACAGUCAUCUACCGCGUCUCCCCCUCCCAUCGACUCCACGGCGUGCCCGGCCCGUUUGCCGCGCGGCUCAGUAUCUGGUACUUCAUGUGGAAGAAUGUCGGGUUGCAGGGGCCGAGCUGGUUCGAGGAGAUUCAUGCUAGGUAUGGCGAGGUCGUGAGGAUAGGGUCGGAUACGAUCUCGGUCUCGGACCCGGAUAUCAUCGCAGCCGUCCACAGCCCGAUGUCCCGCUGUGGGAAGCCCAUCGGCUACCUGCCCGGAUGGCCGCUGACGACGCUCCAGCAGUUGCGGGACAAGACGAUGCACAACCGCCGCAGGAGACUUGGUUGGGAUCAGGCUUUCACUGCAAAGUCACUGCGCGGGUAUGAAAGCCGGAUCCUAAAAUACGUGUCCCAACUCGAGGCAUCCAUUCGAGGAGCAGGCGCCCGCCCGAUCGACAUCACCGAGCGGAUCCGCUGGUUCAGUUUCGAUGUCAUGGGUGAUUUGGCCUUUGGACGCUCCUUCAACGGUCUGCAGUCCGAGACGACACACUGGGCCAUCGACGCCAUCUACGACAGCAACAAGACCACCGUUGUGGUUGGCUGUACCCCGUGGUUGGCCCACUUACUCACGAGACUUCCGGACUGGUUGAAUCCACAGGCGGCGUUGCUGCGCUUCAGUGAUGCGUCGCUGCAGGCUCGCCAGCAGCUGGAUCCGGAAGAGCCGGAUAUCAUGUCGCACCUGCUCGCCGCCGACGCCUUCUACGCCGACCCCAAAGCCCAGCAGGACUUGAUGAAAGGCGAUUCACGCCUGAUCAUCAUCGCCGGCAGCGACACCACCGCCAGCACCCUGACCUUCCUCUUCUACUACCUCGCAUCCGAGCCCCAGCUGCAACGCAGACUUCGGAAAGAGCUCGCCGCCAACAAUCUCCACGACAGCGCCUCCAUCGCCGUCGAGUCUGUGCAGCACCUCCCCUACCUCGAUGGCCUCGUGAACGAAACCCUCCGCCUCCACCCACCAGUACAGACCUCCACCAUGCGCGAGACCCCGGCAGAGGGACUCCAGGUCGGCGACCGCUUCAUCCCGGGACUCGUCACCAUCACCACACCGCUCUCUACCAUCCACCGCUCGCCCAAAGCCUUCCGGCAGCCGAACGACUUCAUCCCCGAGCGCUGGACCACACGGCCGGAGCUCAUCCUCAAUAAAUCGGCCUUCGCACCUUUCUUGGCCGGCCCCUACGGCUGCAUCGGGAAGCAGCUCGCGAUGAUGGAGCUGCGCACCGUGGCGGCAAGGCUAGUGCUGGCGUUCCAGAUCAGCUUGGCGGAGGGAGAGGAUGGCAGCAGGCUCUUGCGGGAGAGUGAGGAUGUGUUCACAACGCAUGCGAUGCCGUUGCGUCUGGUAUUUGAAGAGCGCAAAGGUGGAACGGAGCUGCAUCGGUGA